UCAUCUAAAGAUUGAUAGUUUCUUUUGUAGAUCAAAUCGUUCCUCAUACAGACGUGAUUUCUUGUACUUAUGCUGAGGUACAUUACAGAUAUAUGAUCGCACGAAAGCUAUUAUUGGCGGUAGCUGUCAUUGCCAGUUUCUAAUGCCGACUGAAACCUCAGCCCGACACUGACGUGCUCUUCUCUGUAACAAGAGGCUUGCUUGAGAAUCCUGCAGACGACGACAACACACACUACAUUGAUCACUUUCCUCUUCCACAUUUAAUACACAGGUAUUAACGUCAGCAGCAGCAGCAGCAGCGAUUCCAAUCUCCGUCGGCCAACUUCUUAUUCUAUCCCAAAUCCGACAUGCUCUCAGCUUCUAUUCGCUGCCAGCAACUGCUUCCUCUCGUCCCAAAUCGCUCGUCCUGCCGUUUCCACCGUAGCCAUGGGAGAGAGCUUGAAGUGCUCACAGAUCUGGUCGGUGGAAGAGCACAGCAGCGGGAGAGGCAGACGCGGAAUGCGGCGGUGGCGGCGCUGAGAUGCCCGCGGUGCGAGUCCACCAACACCAAGUUCUGCUACUACAACAACUACAGCAAGUUGCAGCCGCGGCACUACUGCCGGGCCUGUCGCAGGCACUGGACCGAGGGCGGCGCGCUCCGCAACGUGCCUGUGGGUGGCAGCCGCAAGAACAAGCGCCCCCGGGGCGCUCAAACCACACCCGCUGAUGCAUCAGAUGGUCAUGGAAACGGAAGAAUCAUCGACGACGGCAGCAGCAGCGUUUUCUCUGACGCUUCCAAUCUGCCGAUCAUCCGUCAGCCAACACCGCCGGAGCAUUUUGGCGCCGGAUCUGAAGAACCGCUCCUCUUGAGCUCUUAUCAUGAAAGCCCUCAUCCUUUCUCUUCAUUACCGUUCUAUGAUUGCACAGGGCAAGACUCCUUCACUGUCGAUGAUCGUCUCUUUGCAAUGGAGACCUCGAUGCUGCACCUGCCGGCGAGCAACUUGAGUCAGUGGGACGACAUCAUCGACCUCGUCAACCUCGAACUCAAGCCGCCGGCGCCCGACCGAGUGGAUCACACUCUGACUUACUGAAGCAUCGACUGCCUUCUGCUCUUGGUUGCUGGAUUUUGUUCUACGAUGUGGAUGGAGACUGAAGAGGAAACCGAUGGGAAUUUGUUCUCCGGAAAUCAAACUCCACUGUUUGGUUAUAUUCUGUAGGCAAAUCAAUUAACACAUCUGAACAUUCUCAGUGAAAUCUCUGAGAUUUUGAUGUUUCA